AUGGCUGUAACAACGCAUUAUAUUGACAAUUCCUGGAGUUUGAGGAGUCAUAUGCUCAGGUUCAUCUAUGUUUCUGCUCCUCAUUCUAGUGAUAGACUUGCAUCUGUCUUAGUCAAUUGCAUGCUUGAUUGGAAUACUGACUCAAAGAGUGAAGACUGGUGUUGGCGCUCCGUUCCUGCUGAAGAGUGGAGCUGGGUUGUUGUUGCUGCAUUUCUGAAGGAUGAUACUGCUGGUGAAGAGGGAAGUAAUGAGCUGCAGAAGACUGUUGCUGCUGGUGUUCUUUUGUUUGCAUUUGAUUUGCUUUUGUUUACCAACUUAGUCGUGAUUGGGAUUGGAUGUUAG